AUGUGUACGUGGCCAAACUGCGGGAAGGCGUUUGGCUCCAAGUGGGGCCUCGGGCGCCACUACCGCAUCCACACGGGCGACAAGCCGUGGGCGGCGACUGCCGAGUCUCGGCAGCAGAAGGAGGUUGCCAAGAUGCGCGAGCAGUUGAUGGAGGCCCUUCAGAACGAGCACUCCCUCCUCGCCGACGCGCUGGCAGGCAGCGGCGGCGACGCGGGCAGCGCCACAGACGGCUCGGACGGCUCCUCGCUGAUGAGCAGCGGCGUGGACGCCGCCCUCGCUAGCCUCUACCACUCUAGCGCGAGCGGCAGCAACGGCCUGAGCGUCAACCUGUCCAUGCCCGCCGUCCUCGCCCUAAACGCCCUCAGCGGCGGCGACGACGGCAGUGCCAUCGCGUGUGGCGAUGGCACGCGAGCAGGGUGGUAG